AUGGAGCUCUUCUUCCCCAUCCUCCCGUUGCUCUUGCUACUCUCCUCGGGGGCGUUAUGGCUAUCGCCGGCGGGAGGUGCGGGGACCACCUUCACCAUCAAGAACGGUUGCCCGUAUACCAUUUGGCCGGGAACAUUGUCCGGCAACGGCGCAGCCCAACUUGGCGGCGGCGGCUUUGAGCUUCCUACCGGUUCCACCGCCGCCUUCUCUGCUCCGCCUGGCUGGUCCGGACGCUUCUGGGCCCGCACCCGCUGUCGCUUCGUCUCCCCCUCCUCGUCGCCUCCCAACGGCAUCUGCGUCACCGGCGACUGCGACGGCGCUUUCCACUGCGCGGUUGGCGGCGCCACGCCGGUCAGCCUCGCCGAGUUCACGCUCGGCGGUGUCGGAAACGGCGCCGGCAAGGACUUCUACGACGUGAGCCUGGUCGACGGAUACAACAUCGGCAUCGGUGUCCGCCCCUCCUCGGCGGCGGGCGAUAACUGCCGGUACGCUGGGUGCGUGGAGGACCUGAACGCACGGUGCCCGGCGGAGCUGAGGGUGGCAGCGGAACCCGGAGGGGAGACGGUAGCGUGCCGGAGCGCGUGCGACGCGUUCGGGACGCAGGAGUACUGCUGCACCGGGACCUACGGAUCUCCGGCGACCUGCAGGCCAACGCGAUACUCGCAGCUAUUCAAGUCGGCGUGUCCGGCAGCGUACAGCUAUGCCUACGACGACGCCACCAGCACGUUCACGUGCACUGCAGGCGCUGUCGGCUACGUCAUCACCUUCUGCCCGGCAACCGGCGACGCCAUCUAGCCUUAGCUGAGAUCUAAACACACAUAUAU